ACGAUUAGUUUCUCUCCAACCAUGGAGAUGUUACCAUCGUCGUGGCUCGCCAACGGCGUUUCUCUGAUUCUUCUUCUUUUCGGUCUGUUUUACGUAUAUUCGAAGUUCAAACUGAGGUAUUGGAAAAAUCGGGGUGUUCCUUCGCUGCCUGCGAAUUUUAUUUUCGGAAACUUCAAAGAUGCCGUGUUAGUGCGAGAAUCACCGGGCAAUGUCAUGGCCACGUUGUACGAGCACUCUAAAAAAUCGCAGUUCAUCGGAUUUUACGUAUUUCACAAGCCGUGUCUGCUCGUCACACACCCCGAUUUAUUGAGACAUAUUUUGAUAAAGGACUUCGACGUAUUCCCCAAUCGAUUGUUCGGCACGGGUGCGACGAGAGAUAUUCCCGCCAGUAAGAAUUUGUUCUCCCUGAAUAAUCCGGAAUGGAAGUACGUGCGAUCGAAGAUAUCGCCCGCCUUGACAUCGGGAAAAUUGAAAAAAAUGGUACCUCUGAUGAUAGAAUCGGCCCAAAGUAUGCUCGAUUAUAUCAAUUCUUGCCCUACGGACGGAAAUUCGUUCAAACAUAUGAAAAUUCACGAUACCGCUUCGAAAUACGCGAACGAAAUUAUCUCCUCGCUGGCGUUCGGAAUCAAGACGAACUCCUACGAAAUUCCUGAAACCAAAUUUCAGGCCAUGAGCCGUGAAUUGUUCGCUAUAACCCCACGUAGGGUAUUCGAUCUCUUCGUGAUAUUUUUCUUUCCCGAAUGGUGCGACAAAACUAGAACGUCUAUGUUCGGAAGUACCGAAAGCUUUUUCAGAGAUGUCUUUUGGAAUUCUCUCAACGUUCGAGAGCAAUCGGGGCAAAAGCGUGGCGAUUUAAUCGACUCGCUGAUACAAUUGAGAAACGAGGAAAAAGAUCCCAGAUUCCAUUUCGACGGCGACCAUCUCCUCGCGCAUUCUGCGAUCUUCUUUUUAGCCGGACAAGGAACGACCACGACAACACUUGCGUUCGCUCUGUGGCAAUUGGCGUUAAACCCGGAAAUUCAAGAGCGAGUGCGUCACGAGGUAAAAGAACAACUCGCGAAUCACGGCCUCACGCUGGAAGCUUUCCAAGAGAUGAAAUAUCUCAAUCAAAUCAUAUCUGAGACCCUGCGAUUGUUCCCGCCAGCGCCAAUUCUAGACAGACUCGCCAUGAAAGACUACAAGAUUCCCGGUAGCGAUGUGGUAAUUGAGAAGGGUACCGUAGUCUACGUUCCUCUGUGCGGACUACAUUGGGAUCCGGAAUACUUUCCAGAUCCUAUGAAAUUCGACCCCGACAGAUUCAGUGACGAAAGAAAGUCGUCCAUUUUACCCAUGACGUACAUGCCGUUCGGCGUGGGGCCCAGAAACUGCAUCGGUCAAAGACUUGGAAUGAUUCAAACCCUUAUAGGAUUGGCACUGAUUUUAUCGGAGUAUGAGGUAUCUUUAGACCCGGACAACAAGAAUUCUGUGGAUCCCAAGGCUCUGUUCCUGGCACCCCUCGACGAUAUUUAUCUAUACUUGAAGAAAGUUGAAUAGAUAUCAGACGAAAUAAGAUGUAAGCGUUGGACGCAUGUCGAUUCCAGAAAGCAGAAGAGAUUGAUCAAUGGAUUUUUUCUAACAAUAGAUGUUGUUUUCUUUCACCUCAGGCAUUGUACAUUAUUAUAUAACUUGAUGAAAAUUUUUACAACGAAGAUAUGGGAAUGUAACGCGACUCGUUCGUCUGACAAUAAAAGCGGACUAAAAUCCGA